ACACUGCGGUCAAAACAAACGGCGAUAAACAAAACAAAGUAAACUAAAGCCUGGCGAAACGAAUAAUAAUAAACGAUUCGAAUUCCCGUCGGUGGUUACAGUUCACGGCGCAGUAUCCGAAGAGGAUAAAGGGAGCCCGGUGAUCCCGGGUUUACCCUGGGGAUCGUGAGAAUCCGCGGUGGGCAAAGAAAUAUCCGACGACAUCGGGCCUUGUAAGACACGCACGAAAAUGUUGGGUCGCGACAUCGAACACGGAACAGACGGCUCGAGGGACCGGCGCGAACGGUUUGCAUCGAGAGAUUAAAGAACAUCGAAUGGACGUGGGCGAUUUGUCGAGCUCGGCAGGAUUGGCUGGGAGCGGAUCCAUCCCUGUAGCUACGGGUGUUGGUGUCAUUACAAGUACGACAUCCGCUACCGCGGGGUGGUGGACGCCUACGUCGACGAUCGCGGCGGCCAACACCGACGUGAUGAAUCAGCUCUGCAGGGUCUGCGGAGAGCCGGCCGCGGGUUUUCACUUCGGGGCCUUCACGUGCGAAGGUUGCAAGUCGUUCUUCGGGCGCACGUACAACAAUCUAGGCAGCAUCUCCGAAUGCAAGAACGGCGGCGUUUGCGUGAUCAACAAGAAGAACCGCACCGCGUGCAAGGCGUGCAGGCUUAGGAAGUGUCUGAUGGUGGGUAUGUCGAAGUCGGGCUCUCGCUACGGACGCCGCUCGAACUGGUUCAAAAUCCACUGCCUCCUCCAGGAACAGUCGCACCAGGCGCAAACGCGCCUCAUCAAGGACCCGAAAUCCGCGUACGAGAAGGCGUUCGGUUCGUUGGACGUGGCGAACAAUAACAACAAUAAUAACGAGAACCCGGGCACAACGAACGCAACCGGUGUCGUGGGCAUAGUGACCACGACCACCACUACCGCGAACAGUUACCACCAUCACCACCAUCAGCACCAUCAGGACAGGUUCCCGAAAAGGGACGAGCUCAGGCCCCAGGAUAUCCCCGCCCAGUUGAGGGCGCCCGACAUCCCGACCAGGGCUACGCAGGACCCUCUCCUCAGGCCGAUGGAUCUGGUCAGAGCGCCCCACGAAUUGCUCAGGCCGGAAGUGUCCAGGUUCCCCAUGUGGAGGGGCCCGCCUUUCUUCCACCCGGCUCUGACCCACAUGCAACUGCUCAACACCCCGUUCUUCCCGUUCCAACAGAGAUUCAUCGUCCCAUACGUGAACCAGGUCGGCGCCCCCCAGAUGGUAGCCAGUUUGACGAGUUCCUCGAGCGACAGCGUGAGCCCCAGAUCGACACCGUCGCCGAAACGGGACGACGACAAUCGAAGCACGCGGGACGAGUGCAGAGAGGUGGGCGGGGGGUGCCAGAGGAGUCAAAUGGAGGCGUACGACAAGAGUAUAGCGUUUCUACGCUCGUUGGGCCCGGAGCAGGACGAGCCGAUCGACCUGAGCAUGAAGGCAGGCCGCACCGAUGGGCAGGAGGUGGUGGACGCGGCCGGCAGCACGGAAGAGGAGAGGUCGACGGACAGCGAGGACAACGAGCUGCUUCAGGAAACGGGGCCGCCCCUCGAUCUCACUAGAAAGACGUGACCCCUCGUGGCCAGCUUGAGGACAGCUUUCGACAGGAACUGGGCCGGUUGGUGUUGAAUCGUCGCUACGAGGGCGUUGCCACGAGUGCCAGCCUCCUUCUCCACCGCGCGGAGAAUCUCCGCAUCGUUGUCUCCUUUCACGAGGAGAUGAUGACUUACCUCUCUCUCUCUCUCUCUCUCACUCACUCUCUCUCCGUUGGAGAGAGAGAAUGGCCAAGUGGAAGGUCGUCGCGAGGAGGAACUCCGCCGCGAUGGUGGAAGUAUGGAAAAUACAUGCUUUUCGCCGAGGAGGUAGAGAAGGAGGAGGAGGAGGAGGAUAUUGUGGAGGAAGGCGGGUGAAAAAAGACGGGGAAUAUCGUUGUGAUAUAAUGGGAAAAUAAUGGCGGAGACGGGGAGCGACAGGAGGAGAAGAGGAGAGUGAUGGAUGGACAGCGACGGUAGGAAGUUCGGAAGAGCGGACGUGACCGGCCGCGUCGCGACGAAUGACUUUACGAUCGGCGAUCGGAUCGACGCUAAAAUUACGGCACGGUAUUAGCCGGCCUCGGCCUCGCCAGGUGUUCGUUGACGGGAUGGCCGAAGAUCGGUUCGAUACAUCGUUUCGCAACAAGAGAGACGUACGAUUGUGUUGCCUUAACCGGUGCCUUUCAACUCUCGCGUACACUCAGUGCGCGAGAAGGAGGG